CUGCUUAUGCAAUCCUAUAUAAACAACGUAAUAUUUAUUUUAUUUACAUUUGCAGUUUCGCGAGUAAUAGAUAAGCUGUACCUACUUAAGUUCAACACUUAUUUACGUAUUUCGCAAAAAAAAAAAACAAUGUUGGAAGUAAAAAAGAAAAGACGGCAAUACUGUGCAGAAUAUAUUAAAUUCGGAUUCAUUGAAAAUCCCACAAACCCAUCGUCGCCUUUGUGCCUUCUGUGUCUAAAAACAUUUUCAAAUGAAAUGAAAAUAUAUUUUUCGAAUAAGCUUAUUAUAAGCACUUUUGAAUCGACCAAAAAAAAUUCUUUUCCUCUUACCACUUGUUCAGGACCUCUUUUAGAUGACAAGAAGAACAAGCGAAAGAAAGUUACCAGCAACGACAUUUACAUAAAUCAUGUCAUUACCAAAAAAAAAUGUAUGACGUCGUCGUGAAAUAGAUCGUCCAUAUCGGGGGACUAUCUUCAAAAUAACACUACAGGCGUAUGUACCAAUGUGGAUAUAUUCCAUUUUAUCACUUUUCAAACAAAAAUAUAACGAGGUGAGAAUGAUGUCGUCGGAUGUCUUUACUCCUCGCGGCGAUCGGAAACAGAAUGAAGGAACUGUCAAAGUCAGUGUUACCAUUCUAAUUAAAUUAAAAGUAUCGAUAAUCACGCCCUCUCUGCAAUUGAGUAAUUAAGUA